AUGAAACAAUUGAAGGAGUGCUUGGUCCUGUUACUGUAUUGUGCGAUGACCGUGAAUCCCGGUGUUGUCGCGAAUGUGGACUUUGCCUUCCACCACGCCAUUAACUUGGCAGAGGCCGGACAGACUAUACAGGACAAGAGAAUAGGCUAUUUGUUUUGUGCAGAAUUGAUGCCGCCAGAGCACGAACUUCAGCUCAUGCUUGUGAACACCUUGCGUAAGGAUCUUGAAAGCCAUCUUGUCCCCCGAAUUUGUCUCGCCCUGGAUACCCUCAUCCACUUCUCCACGGAAGAUUUCAUCCCUGCUAUCCAGUCUCGUUUAAUAGAUCUAUUAUCUCACAGCUCGUCAGUUGCAUAUUCUGAACCCAUCGUCGCUAGCGCUGCUCUGAUCGUAUGCGUCGACUCAGUAAAGACUGGACAUAUCUCUGACGACAUGUUUCACUCGAUGCUAUCGAAACUCUACUCGUCUACCUGGAGUUCUCGCCCAGAUCCUGGUAAAAACAACAUCCUCCUUAAGGUCAUGAACGCGCUGCGUUUUUUUACACCAUCUGAACGAGACUUGGCUCUCACAAUAGAAAUCCUCCGUGCGGCACGUCCGAGGGGAUUCUCUGCACGCGCCGCAAUUUAUCAAUGUUUCCUGGUUGCGGCAAAUGCACCCUUGGAAUCACUGCUUGCAACACAAGCUCAAGCGGGCACUUCUUUUGUGCAGGAAAUACAACAUCUCCUGACUUCUGAAGAUGUCAAUGACGUCUAUCUCUUCGUUGUCUGUUUGAGUCACAUCGAUCCUGCACUCUGGGCUGGCACAAGCUCAGAUAUCCCCGCAGUCUUGGAAGAGUGGGAGGUCGAACGGGUGAUGAGGUUGCUCGAGUCAGCUGAUAAGUGCAUCAGAACCAAAACCCUGUGCAUACUACAACGCGUCGAUCGUGGUAUAGUGGAGGCAUACUAUACGCAGUUGCUUCGGGGCGACUCUCAAACUAGGAUCAUGCAAGACCCCGAAGAACACUCGCGGCGACUGCUAGAAAUUAUCCAAGUUAUCUGUGGAGAGGAUGGCGAACUGUACAUCCAACACAUCAAGAGUCUGCUUCCGGUUCUCGAGGGGAGCACUCCAUUAAACAAGCGGCGCGUUCUACAAGAAGCAGUGGAGGACGUUCUUGUCCAUGUGCGAAGCGCAAAUGCGAACUUCCAAAGCAGUUGUAUUGGUGUAUUGUUCGCGAAUAUCACUGAACCUGACUUGGAGAUUGGUCCAACUCUCAUGGUAAUCCUUACGGCAUUGAUCAGCGAGUACCUGUAUAUGUCUCCAAUAUCGCCGGUCAAUCUACUGCGUGGAUUGAGCAAACGACUUUCUCUGUAUUCUGGUUCCAUCCAGGACGCUUGUUUGCUAUCCAUGACUCGCAUCGCUGCUGAAUCUGACGAAGCACCUUCUGAUGUGGUUGAGAACGUCAGUACUGUGCGGGAUCGAAGUAGCAGAUACGUUAGACGUCGCUGCGAUCAAUUCAUCAGUCUGUCCCGCUCGAAAGCGCAAAUCAAGCACAUCAUAUCAAUGGCCAAAUCUACUGCGCUACCUGACUUCAUGGUUGCUCUCGAAACGUACGAAGUAGAGAAAGAUAAUCGGGAAGCACACCUACCGUCGUCGCCAUCACUGGUUUCAGCACGGUCAUCUGAAUCGGUUUCUCGCAAUUCGCCUUACCCGCAUGAACUACGCUAUGACGCAUAUGAGCCUCCAAAACUCACAUCUCGCCUGCGACGUCUAAGUAAUAGUAGUAGCUCGAGGCAGUCGGAGGAUGGUAGCUCUCGGUUUAUCGGACAAGUACGAGCUUCUCAGGAGGCAUUGGCAAGGACUAUAACUCCAGGUGAUCUGGCUCUUGUUGCUGGUCAAGCUGAACUUACUUCCAUGGCGUCUCCCCCAGCACCAAACACGGUGUUACCUGUAGUGCAGAUUAUGGACGAAGACGAUACGACGUCGCGUGUCGACCUCAUUGCGCUCGAUUCGCCUUUCGUGUCUGAGCCUCUGGUGUCAAUCUCAACUGCGUCCAGUGUCAGUGAAUUCGACUUUGAAGCCACUUGGAAUCUUCUCGACAGCGCUAAUUCGCGGGGAUGGAGCGAAGUACCCAUCAAUGUCGUCGUAGGGCGUUUGCAAGGUCUGCAGCGUCGGCUGAAGAUGAUUGCUGCGGAUGUAGCGCCAUUCGAAGGCGAUGUGAAAAUUAUCAUUUCACCAGAGAUUGCAGAUACCUCUAGUACUCGUGGCGUUGCGGUGCUUCGCUUGAAGGGAAGCGAAGAUGGGAGUUGUCUGUGGCGUUUGCGCUGUGGAGACGAACAGCUACGAUCAUCUAUCAGGAAUAUCCUGUCAGGUUAG